CCAAUGGUAACAUAGUUGGUAUUGCAGUACACAAAGAAUUACCCCGAAGAGGCGACAUCAGUGGAGCACUUGAAGCAAUUGAAAUAUUAGCUGAACAAACAAAAGGAAUGAAUCCGCUCAGGGAUACUGAGGAUGCAAUGUAUGCUCUUCUUACAACAAAAGGUUCAAAUUCCAUGACACAAGAACAGUACCUUCCAGUAAAGUCGGAAGGCAAAACAAUUGCAGAAGUCUCCAUGGUCUUUGCAGAAUUUAUCGUCGUAGUGACGAGUACAUUUGACAUGAAUAUGAAAAGAAUGUCCAAAGCUGAAGUCUUGGUCGCAGUCGAUUUGAAGUACAGACCGGUUUUGACUUUCAUAGAAGAUGUCAGCACAUGGGAAGCAGGAGAUACUGUUGUUAUUGCAUCUACCGACUAUGACUGGAGGCAGGCUGAAGACAAAACUCUCAUUGAAUGUCCGUCCUGUAAUGAUAACCAAAUACGGGUAUCGGGUCCGUUGAAGUUCACUCACUAUGGAGAAAUCUACAAAAACGUUGAUAUGAGAGGCGAAGUUGGACUGUUAACCAGAAACAUUUUGUUCGACAGUGAAGAUGCUGAAGGGUCAACUACAUAUGGUGGAAACCUUAAGGUACUGAAAGGAUUCAAAAGUGUUCAUAUUGAAAAUGCAGAAUUCAAUGACCUUGGACAGCAAGAAGUGUUAGGCAGAUACCCAAUUCAUUUCCAUAUAUGUGAGGAUGUUGAUGAGAAUAAAGCUACAAGGCCAUGGAUCAAACACAACGCUAUUCAUCAUUCCAACAGCAGAUGUGUUACUGUUCACGGAACACAUGGUCUUAUUGUGGACGAUAAUGUAUGUUACAUGACAAAGGGUCACGGUUAUUUUUUGGAAGAUGGCGGCGAAAAGAGAACGGUAUUAAACGGUAACUUAGGACUCGGUCAGGAAAAAGGAACACUCAUUAAAGCUGAUAAAACACCAUCUACCUUCUGGAUUACAAAUCCUCUUAGUUACGUCACAAACAACGUAGCAGCAGGGGGAGAGGGACGAGGAUAUUGGUUUACAUAUCCACGAAUUCCAACAGGACCUUCAGCUAACAAAGGAUACAUGUUAAAAGAUGAAGCAAGACACACAGCUAUUACUGAGUUCGACAACAAUGUUGCCCAUUCAAAUGAAAAGCAUGGAUUCUUUCUUGAUAACGAAUUUCAUCCUGAUGGAAGUGCUACGGGAUACAGCAGAUAUAAACCUAAGGAAGAUCCCAUAAUGCAUCUGAAAUAUAAGAACUCUACUGAUAAACCAUCAAUAAUAAACAGAAUGACAGCCUACAAAAACACCCCUAGAAAUGCAUGGAUCAGAGGAGGAAUGAUCAAAAUUGUCCGUGCAUCGUUAUCAGACAGCGCUCAAUUACUUAGUGUAGUAAAAGAGAACUCUGCACUGCAGUUCAUAGACCAGAGUGUAUUUAUAGGAGAUUCUCCUAAUUUAGGAGAGCCAGCAACAGUUAACGGCCAACCCGUAUCAAUUAGAAGAUCUUUACCAUUGAUUUCUGCAAAUAUGAGGCAAAGUUUCAAUCCAAGAAAUGGAAUCAACUUGAGAGGUGGACCUAUUUAUGUUACAGACGUUUUCUUUGAUGGUUUUGCUGAUAAUGAAUAUUACCAAAUGGGAGCCAUUGGUUGGGAUAAAAUGCACGGACAAUCCCCUUUUCACAGUAUUACUAAUGCUCAAUUUGGUUUUUCGGAUCCAAGUGAAGGAAACAGAGUAAGAGUCAUUCUUAAGGAUGAAACGCAGCGAACUGGUGACGAUAUACGAACCUUCAGAGAUAUGGAUAACUCGUUUACGGAGCUUGGUGUAUCAGAAGACUCAGUUGUUGCAGUCCUAAGUCCUGAAGCCUUCCAUAUGACAGAAGAGUGUAAGAUUAGAUCAAAUUGGAAUUUUGGAUACUGCAAGCAUGCGUUUGGUAAAUUAGCUAUCAAGUAUUCCUCAGAUAACAUUUUAACGAUGACAAGGGACGAUGAUUUCGAGACCGCCCAUGUGGAUGCGGAUUCACCAGAUGAUGCCAGCUUUCUCGUCAUUACAGGAGAAAGUUACAGUUAUUCUAUGUAUUUUGAAGAGGAAGUUCCGAAAGAUAUUAAUAUACAAAUGAUCGGAUUAUCAAAAUCACAAGGUGUACGAUUAGGAGUGUGUAUCCCAUCCGAUGCUUCUUUUAGAGUUUUUGGAGGAAUGGUGAAAUGGGCAGCCGUAGAUUCAUUAAGCGACGUUGAUGCGAUCGGAGACUACUUUUACGAUUCUGAUACUGGUUACCUUGCCGUAUUCCUGUCUGACGUGAAAGAUUUUGAACCUGGGGAAGUAGGUCAUUGUGUUGGAGAGGGUGAAAUGUGUAGAAGAGUAAUGAUACGAAUUGAAAAGGGCGAUUUAACUCAGACUGACUGUCUUAGUGCUGCACAUGAAAAGUUCAACCUUUCUUCUAGUUUAUCCAAGUCCCGAAGGAACCUUACUACACCCCUCGAACAACUUAGUAAAAGACUGAAUUACGGAAGCAGACACAAAAGGGCCGUUGACACUGCUGGAGAGAUAGAUACCAGAGAACUUCCUGCUACUUCAAAUGAACCACCUGCGAACUGGGGAGCAGGGUCAACCAGAGGAUAAGAAAAUAAAGGGUGUCAAAAUCUAAAUUCGAAAU